AUGGCAACACUCAAGCCUCCUUCAGCACAGUAUCGCUCCUCAUCCUCACAUACGCCGACCGGCCCCCCGAAGGCUCCUCUCAAGGCUGAUCCCUCGGCCACAAUCGCCGACACCGUCGUUUUCCAGGGAACAUACCCCGUCACCAUCGGUGCCGGCACGAUCAUCCACCCGCGUGCGCGCUUCUACGCCUAUGAGGGGCCCAUAAGUAUCGGCGAUGGAUGCGUCAUCAGUGAAAAGGCCGUGAUUGGAGCCUCCCCAAGCUCAUCCGUCUCAUCAAGGGCGUCACCGUCCUCCUCAACCGGCCCGUCGCCUUCAUCCUCUUCCACUGACCUCACCCGACCAACCGGCCAAGAAAUAGCCACGCGCAUAUCCUACUUCGUCAUCAUCGGGCCGCAGUCCACCGUUCUCCCCGGCGCGCACAUCCAUUCAUCCGCAGAGAUCGAAGCCCUGACCACCAUACACCGCAACGCGGAGAUCGGCUCCCAUUCCAAGAUCUGCUCCGGCUGUGAGGUUCCUGCGGGCGGCGCUGUGGCCGACUGGACGGUUGUCUGGGGCAAUGGGGUCGGACAGCGGCGCAAGAGAGCACGCGAUGCGAGAAUACCUGGGCCCGCGGUGCUGGUCGCGGCGCAAGUUGCGCAGACCCCGAUGCCGUCGCCUGCGCCAGCAGGCAAGGUGAUUGAAGACGCGAGGUUGAUGGCUUUGCAGAAGGAGAGAGAAGUGCUGGCACGCAUGCUUGUGCCCUCUGGGCCCGCGCGGAAGAAAUAG